AUGAAUAAUAAAUUCAUCAUACUCUCAUUGUUGCUUGCUUUAGUAGCAAGUCAAACAUACAGUUUAACAUCAUGCACAUGUGCAUAAUUGUUAUCAGAAGGAGAUUGCGUCAAAAAUACUUCACUUGGAUGUUCAUGGGAUACAACAAAGAAAACUUGUGGAGUUUCAACAACUCCUGUCACUCCAACAGUGACUUAUGCAGCAUAUUGUGAUACAUUUGCUGAAGCAGAUUGUCCAAAAGCUAAACCUUGUACUGAUUGCGGAAACUACUCCGCUUGUGCUUGGGUUGAAAGCAAAUGUAUAUUCUUCACAGGAUGUACACCUUUUGCUAAAACACUUGAUUCUGAAUGUUAAGCAAUCAGUAAUAGAUGUAUUACCGAUGGAACUCAUUGUGUUGAAGUUGAUGCUUGUAGUACUUACAAAAAGUAACUUCCAUGCGUCAAAAAUGCUGCCGGAAGCUUAUGCUAUUGGGAUACAACAAAUAACACUUGUGUUGAUGCCAACACUUGUGAUAAAUUACCAGCAACAUUCGCAACAGACAAAGAUUGCAGAGAUGUGAUUUCAACUUGUACAACAAAAACCGGUGGUGGAUGUGUUGAUAGUGGAAAUAACUGCAGUGAUUAAACAUUAGAAAUUCAAUGUGUUUGGAAUAAAUUAAAAACAACUUCUUGCUAUUGGGAUGGAGCUGCAUGCAAAGAUAGAAUUUGUGAUAAUGCACCAACCAGUUUGACAACUGAUGAUGCUUGUAAGACAUUUAGAACUGAUGGAACAUGCACAACAAAAGCAAAUGGAGGUUGUGUAACAAGAACUACAUGUGCUGCUGCAACAAUUUAAGCAUCAUGUAUCAAAAAUAGUUCAGGUGGUGAUUGUUAUUGGACAGGAACUGCUUGUGUAGAUAAGACAUGUGCAAAUGCUCCAAUUACUAUGACAACUAAUUCAGCAUGUGCAGGAUUUGUUACAGGAUGUAUCACUAAAUCAGGUGGUGGUUGUGUUGCUAAUGGAGCUUGUUCUGUUGCUAAUGUUCAAGCAGCUUGUGUUAAAAACUCAAGCAGCUUUGAUUGCAUUUGGGAUACAACUUGUAAAGAGAAAACAUGUGCUAAUGCCCCUACAACAAAUAACACUCAUGAUUUAUGUACUUCUUAUUUAUCUACUUGUACUGUUAAGUCAGGUGGGGGAUGUUAAAAUAGAACAUGUGCCAAUGCUCCAACAACAUUGACUACCAAUGAUGCAUGUGAAGCUUAUCUCACUGGAAAUAAUUGCAUAACAAAAUCAGGUGGUGGAUGUGUUACCAAUACAACAUGUGCUGCAAUAACUUUAGAAGCUGCUUGUGUUAAGAAUUCUUCUGCAUCAACAUGUUUCUGGGAUACCGCAAGUUCAAGCUGUAAAGAUAAAACAUGUGUGAAUGCUCCAACAACUAACACUACUCAUGAUCUCUGUUAAGCCUUCUUAAAUACUUGUACAGUAAAUUCAACAAGCGCAGGUUGCGUUGAAAAAACAUGUGAAAAUUCUUUGGUUUUGGCUAUUUGUGAUAAAGAUACAAGUAAUAGAGCAUGUAUUUGGAAAGGAAAAUGCUAUAAGAAAUAAUGUGUGUUAGCUUCAUCUGCUACAACUACUCAUGCUGACUGUUAAAUCUAUCACUCUACAUGUACCUUGAGCAAUUCAGGCACUGGAUGUGUUCCACUACCACUUAAAUGCGAAGCCAUCACAAUUGAAGCUGCUUGCAAUUUAAAAGCUAAUGGUUAACCAUGCGGAUGGAAUGGAUCUUAAUGUAUUGAUAAAGCUUGCUCAACUGCCUCUAAGACAUUCACUACAACUUCAUAAUGCACAGGACACAUAUCAACUUGUGUUGCUAAUAAUCCUGUAACUGUUAAUGGUUCCUUGACAAUUUAAGGAUGUUAAGAUUUACCAACAACAUGCGCGGCUAGAAAAUCAUCAGAAAAUUGUGAAAUCUCUAGAGUUGGAUUCCCAACAUGUUUAUGGGUUUCAUCUUCUACUUCAUGUGUUGAAAAAUCAUGUGCCACUGCUAGUACAGUGGGAACAACAGGAGCACUCUCUGCAGGAGGAUUUACUUUUUCUGGUUGUUCAACUUAUCUAAAUACUUGUAUUUCAAAUAAUACUGCUGAUGGAUGCACAGCUAAACCAUCUAGUUGUUCAUCAUUAGUUUCAUCCAAUUGUUAAAUAGGAUCUAAAGCAAGUGGAGAUUGUUAUUGGAAUGGCAGUAGUUGUGUUGAUAGAACUUGUGCAAAUAUUACCUUAACUUCUCACUUCAAUUGUAAUACUACAUUCAAUUAAUGCACAGUGAAUAAUGGAGGAACAGCAUGUUAAACAUUGGCAACUGCCUGCACAUCUUAUUCAACAUAAGAAAACUGUAAAUUUACAUCAACUAAUAAGAAUUGUGUUUGGACUGGAUUAGCUUGUAGAAAUGCCACUUGUGCUGAUGCUCCCGAUAAUACUUCUUAUGAUAGUGAUUCAGAAUGCUUAGCUUACCCAACACCAAGCGAAACCUGUACAGUUGUCUACAAAGUUGGAGCUUAAGGAUGUGUAUCAAAAUCAGCUAAUUGCUCAGAUUAUAUGACAUCAGCUUAAUGCCAUAAAACUCUCACAAAUCUAACAGCAAAUGAUGAUUGUAAGUGGAUUGUUGAUAGAUGUUAUGCAUUGUCCUCUUUUGCUACAGGAUCUUGCUCAACAUUCAAAGGUACUCAAACAAUGUGUAUGGGAUAUAGAGCAGGAUGUACAAACACUGUAAGUGCAGCAUCUUCAGCAUCUUGUACUUUAGAUUGUACUUUAAAAACAGGAUCAGGUUUGACAUUUGCAGAUUGCUAAGCAUUAGAUUCUACAUGUUCAGUCAAAAAAGAUGGCACUGGUUGUAUUGUAAUAUAAUCUACUUGUGCUGGAUACGGAUCGACAGCAGCUAAUUGUUUCAGGUCAAGUGCAAGUGGAAAUGCAGGAUAUUGUGCAUUGAACACAAAUUGCCAAUCAGUGACUUAAGCCUCUGAAUGUGCUUUAGUUACUGGAUUAUCAGGUUUGGAUCAUUCGAAGUGUUAAUUAUAUCACUCUUCUUGUACAUCCUUAAAAGACGGCACUGGAUGUUAAGAGUAUCAGACUACUUGCUCAGGUUAUGCAACUGGAAACGCUUGUGCUAACUCUGUUUAAGGUAAAUGUUUUGAUGAUGCUACUGAUUGCUUGCGUUUUGUUAAUUGUGCUUCAAUUACUGGAACUGGAUUAACCAAUGUUAAGUGUGGAACUUAUGACGUAGGUUGUGUGGCAAAUGCUAAUUAAACAGCUUGCUAAGAAAAAUUAACAACAUGCAGUGCUUAUUUAACACAAAAUUCUUGUACUGUGGCAAAUGCAAGUUUUUGUGUAUGGAGUGGUAGUGCUUGUAUAGCAAUUGUUGAUGCCAAUCUUGCUACAGAUUGUGCAUUUGUUACUGGAACUGCUAUAACAAGUAGUAUAUGCUCAACAUAUAAUCCAAAGUGUGCACCAAACAGAGCUGGUACAGCAUGUCAAAAAAAGGAAGCCCUAUGUGCUACAUAUGCUGGGGUAUAGGCAACUUGCUCAGUAUCAGAUGCAGGUCCUUGUGCAUGGAGCGGAACAGCUUGUCUCACAAUUAUUGAUGCCAAUAUUGUUACAGAGUGUCCAUAUGUUACUGGAACUGGUCUUACAAAUGAUGUAUGCGCAACAUAUAAUGCAAAGUGUACAGUAAACAGAGCUGGUACAGCUUGUCAAAAAAAAGAAGCCCUAUGUGCUACAUACGCUGGGGUAUAGGCAACUUGCUCAGUAUCCGAUGCAGGUCUUUGUGCAUGGAGCGGAACAGCUUGUCUCACAAUUGUUGAUGCCAAUAUUGUUACAGAGUGUCCAUAUGUUACUGGAACUGGUCUUACAAAUGCUAUAUGCGCAACAUAUAAUGCUAAAUGUACAGUAAACAGAGCUGGUACAGCAUGUCAAAAAAAGGAAGCCCUAUGUGCUACAUAUGCUGGGGUAUAGGCAACUUGCUCAGUAUCAGAUGCAGGUCCUUGUGCAUGGAGCGGAACAGCUUGUCUCACAAUUAUUGAUGCCAAUAUUGUUACAGAGUGUCCAUAUGUUACUGGAACUGGUCUUACAAAUGCUAUAUGCGCAACAUAUAAUGCUAAGUGUACAGUAAACAGAGCUGGUACAGCAUGUCAAAAAAAAGAAGCCCUAUGUGCUACAUACGCUGGGGUAUAGGCAACUUGCUCAGUAUCCGAUGCAGGUCCUUGUGCAUGGAGCGGAACAGCUUGUCUCACAAUUGCAAAUGCCAAUGUUGCUACAGAAUGUGCAUAUAUUACUGGAACUGGUCUUACAGAUGCUAUAUGUGCAACAUAUAAUGCAGGUUGUACCAAUCUAAAAGAUGGUACUGGUUGUUAAGAAGAGAAGGCCAACUGCAGGUUAUAUACCACAUAAAAUAAAUGCGCUACAUAAUCAACAGGCUCUCUUUCAUGUGUUUGGGUUGAUAACUCUUGCUAUCCCAUCACUGAUGUAAAUUGUAGUACAAUUAUAGCAUCAGGGCUUGAUCAUGCUAAAUGUUAAGCCUACAGCACAGGUUGUACAUCCGUUUCUGAUGAAAGCAAAUGUUAAGACUUGAAAUCAACUUGCGAGUAAUAUGCAGGCACAGCUUUAAGUUGCACAAAAACUGCUACCUCAAAAUGUUAUUUAUAAGGUUCUAAUUGUAUCACAAUUUCAAAUGUUGCAACCGAUUGUGCUAAAAUAACUGGAGCUGUUGGGGCUAUAACUUAUGAAAUUUGCUAAUCGUAUAAUACAGGUUGUAGUGUAAAUAGAGCAAGGAGUGCUUGUGUCUAAUAAUAAGCAUAAUGUUCAGGAUAUACAAGUGCAAUGACAAGUUGUUAUAAAUCAGGAGCUGGUCUUUGUAUUGCUAGUACAAAUACAGAUACUGCUUGCGUAGCUGCAUCAGUUGCAACAACUUGUGAUGCAGUAUAUUUAGGAACAGGAAAUUACAGCAGCGCAAAUUGUAAUGAAAUGAAGGCUGGAUGUACAAAUAAUGGAGCAACUGCAUGCGUAGCAAAAAUUUGUUCAAAUGCUGUGGUUACAUUUAAUCAUACAAAUUGCAAUAGUUAUCUCAACACCUGUACUGUAAAUUCUGGAAACAGUGCAUGCCAAACUAUGGCAUCUAAAUGUGCAGAUUAAACUCAAGCCUCUUGCCUUUACUCAGUUGAAGGAGAAUGUGUAGUAGUAGGUACAUCAUGCGUACGAAAGACUUGUGAUACUGCAGCAACUGAUGCUACUCGAGAUGAUGACACUGAAUGUUCAACUUAUUAGCAAUCUUGUACUGUUGCUAGAUUAGGAGCUUGCCAAGCUAGAGCAGCUUGUGCUACUUACAAAUCUUCACUCUAAUGUAAAUUUAAUACUAGUGGUGGAAAAUGUUUUUGGAAUCCAACUAAUAAGACAUGUGUUGAUUUGAAUUGCGGCAACAUAGAAGCUUCAACUUUAUACGAUACUCAUAAUGAAUGUGUUGUUGUUGAUGCAACACUUGCUUGCACAGUCAGAGCAACAAAUGGAGCUGCCGUUUAAGGGUGUAUGGCUAGAGGAGCAUGCAGUUCAUAUACAAUUGAAGAACAAUGUAAAACAAAUGCAAGUAACGGUGUUUGUGUUUGGAAUACAAAUGCUAAUUUACCAGCACCUGCCUGUUAAGAUAAGUCUUGUACAAGUGCUCCAACAUCCACUACAACUCAUAAUGAUUGCUAUGCAUACUACAAUACUGCAACAGUAAAAUGCACGGUCGUUGCCACUCCAAGCAAUAGUGGUGGUAACCCAACAUUAGGAGGAUGUUAAUAGACUGCUGCUUGUUCAAGUUAUAUUGAUAAAGAAUAAUGUUAAAUAAACGCCAAUGGUGAUCCAUGUGGAUGGAAUGGAACAUAAUGUGCUGACAAAUCUUGUGCUACUGCUCCUGCAACUGCAGAUUAUGAUGAUGAUACUAAAUGUAGAGCUUACAUUACUAAUAAAUGUACAGUCUCAGAUUCUGGAUAAGGAUGCGUAGAAAUUCCUGCAACAUGUGAAACUAUGACAUAGAAGCAAUGUUAUUAUAAUAAAGCUGGAGAUCCUUGCUAUUGGACAGGAACAGCUUGUAUUACAAAAUCAUGUGACAAUGCUCCUGAUGCAACUGCUACUGCUGAUGAAUGUAAUACCUAUUUAGCUGGAUGUACUUUAGAUAAUGUUAAAUGUAAAACUAAAAUUUGUGAAGAUUUUGCCUUUGCUACUGAUGCUUUAUGCAAACAAGCUAUCUCUACCUGCACAACAAAUGGAACAAAUUGUGUUACAAGAGGAACAUGCUUCUAAGCCUUAAGUCAAGCUGGAUGCGUCACAUCCUCAACAAAUUAAUAAUGUGAAUGGAUACCAGCUGUUUUAAAUGCUGCAAAUGUAAUCACUUCACCUGCUUACUGUACAAUUAAAAAUUGUAGCACUGCUCCAAUCACUUUAACAAGUGAAGCUGCCUGCGCUGGAUAUUUUACAAAUUGUACAACAAAGAAUGGUGGAGGAUGUGUUACUAAAUCAACUUGUUCAGCUGUCACUAUUGAUGUAGCUUGCACAACUGCUUUAAAUGGUACUGUAUGUGCUUGGGAUAGUGCAUAAAAUAAAUGCAGAGAUAAAGAUUGCUAAGAUUUCAGUGGAACUACUCAUGCUGCAUGUUAGGCUUAAAGAGCUGGAUGUACAGCUGGAGCUAGUGGAAAAUGUGCUAGAGUAUAAAAUUGCGAACAAACUUCAGUAAGAGCAGCUUGCAUCGAAGGAAUAAAUGGACCAUGCUUGUGGAUUGAUAAAUAUCCAAAUACUGAUGGAACUAACGGGGCUUGUUUCAGAUAUACAUCAUGCAAGAGUUUAACUUGGAAUAAUGAUAGUUCAUGCAAAUGGAUUAGUAAUAAAUGCACAACUAAUGGUUCAAAUUGUGUAGGAAUUACUUUAUGUUCAGAAACUAACACUGAUGGAGGUUGUGUCACUGGAUAUGACGGAGCUUGUAUUCAAUCAGUACCAGCCUUGAAUUCUUCAGAUCCAAAAGUAUGUAAACCUUACACCUCAUGCGCUGAUGCUUUCUACACAACUCAUUCAGAUUGUUAAAUUGCUAGUAGUAAGUGCACAACCAAUGGAACAACUGGUUGCAUAGCUUUAGGAUCAUGCUCAUCAUAUACUGCUUAGGCUGGAUGUUACUUCAACGAUAAGGGAACUCUAUAUACAUCUGGAGUUAUUACAUCCACUGGUAUUUGUACAUGGGAUACUACAUCAAGUAGUUGUAGAGAUUAAUCUUGUGCUGAUUUGACAGGCACAACUCAUGCAACAUGUUCUUCAUAAUUAUCUACCUGCACAUCAGAUGGAACUACUUGUUUACUUAAAGGAGCCUGUACAUCUUACACAACUUAAACUGCUUGCACAACAGCAGUUGGAUCAGAUGGAGCAUGCUACUGGGAAUUAGCAUCUGCUACAAAUAAUAAUACUGCAAAAUGUAGAUUACUUACUUGUGCUGAUAUUCAAAAUGGAACAGCAACCAAUGUUUGUUCUGUAGCCUUGUCAACUUGUGUUUCAAAUGGAACUGCAUGCAUUACAAAAGCCAAUUGCUCAACAUAUACAUCUAAGAUAGCAUGUAAUUCAGGAGGUUUGGAUGGAAUUUGUGUAUUCACUUAAUCAACAGCAACUGGAGCUGCUGCUGGAACUGGAUCUUGUGCAUUAAUGACUGCAUGUACUGUUGCUAAUAAUGAUUAAACAGCCUGCUAAGCUGCCAGAGAUAGAUGUUCUUGGACUGCUGCUUCAGGAACUGGAGCAACCGCAGUUGCUAGUAAAUGUGCUACUCAUACUUGUGCUACAAAUUAAGCUACCAACGGAGCCUGCACAAGAUUCUUAAAUUGGGAUAAAAAGACUCAAUAAAUUUGUACUCUAGUAAGCGGAGCCUGCACAGCAACAGAUCCAUCAACAUUAUCUUCUAAUGAUUGCUUCUUAGUUUCUGGAUAUACAUAUACUUGGAAUGCUUCAUCAAGUAAAUGUGGAGUUUGCACAGCAGUUGUAGUUUAACCAAAUACCACAGACAAUAAUACCAACACAACAGAUAAUAACACAACAACAGACUCAGGAUACAUUCUUGGAUUGUCUAUCGUUUUAGGAUAUCUUAUGUUGUGA